AACACACUAAAUCGCACUCUGCAGUAAACAGUGAAACUAGUGACAGUGAACAGCGCGUAACGUGCUGCGCUCUGCAGUGAACAGUGAAACAAGUGACAGUGAACAGCACAUGAGGCACUCUGCAGUGAAAUCAGUGACAGUGAGCGCGUGAAGUGAACAGUGAAACAGUGAAACUGAGAUGACGUGACGACGCCACGAUGUACCGGCCCAACUUCUACGAGAGCACCUGUUUCCGGUGCAACGAGAUCGUAUACCAGGUGGACCGAGUUGGUCCGCUCAAGGACUUCACGUUCUUUCACAGUGGCUGCUUCAAAUGUGCAGUAUGCAGGACGAAGCUCACGUUGAAGACAUACUUCAACAACCAGCACUACACAGAGGACAAGGAAGUGUACUGCUCCUCGCACGUGCCAAAGAUAGGUCCAGGGCACCUGGACAACUCGUCGGUCGGCAUCCGCAGCGCGCUCAACGUGCCGCGCAGCAACAACUACGUCAACGAGCAGAUCCGCGGCCUCGCCCGGAACAUUGAAAACGAGCAAAAUUUGUCUCGUGUAUCCCCCACACGCGCGACAAACGGCGGUAGCGUGCACGCGUCACCUGCGCGUGAGUUGCGCGACACGCCCGACUACCAAUAUGGCCGGUUCGACGCCAGCGCGCUGCACAUCGCGCAUGCGCUCAAGCAGACUGAGCUGCAGAAGGCGUACCAUCGCCCGAAGGAGAAACCCAUCGACUGCUAUUUGGAUCGAGAUGAACAAACGAAGCUGGAGAUGAAACACCGCCAGGAAGAAGAUGACUUGUACAGAAAAUUCUCGAAACACCGCGAAGAAGAGAACAGAAGAAUACGAGACGAAAUACAGGAUGAGUGGGAAAGAGAGCUCGAGAGACUCACGAACAGGUUCCAACAAGAGAUGCAAGUCAAGAAGAGACGACCAGACUCCGAGAUCGGAGCUCUGACGCUGCGGCACCAGCAGGAGAGAGCGGAUCUCGAGAAGAACAUGACGCUGAGAAGGGAUAAGAAGAAGGAGAGCUUGACUAGGAAAAUGUUGGAGCAUGAAAGGGCAGCGACAGCAGCGCUAGUCGAAAAGCAAAGCCACGAGAUGAUGGAGCUCAUCCAAGAACGCCGUUCAGAAUACGCGGCGGGGUCGUCUCUAUACGUCGACGGCGAAGAGGCGCCCCCUUACCCGGCGCGCGCGCCGCCGCCACAGCCGCCGCUCGUCUCCAAGUUCCACAUCUACACGGACCCCGUGGAGUUCGCUGACGUCGAUAAGAUAGCUAUUUCGGUAGCCCAAGAAGACCAAAAAACGUUCACAGACCUAGUCCGGCAGCUGGUCGGCCGCUGCGCCACCGACGUGGAGAAGGCGCGGACGAUCUUCCGUUGGAUAACUGUGAAGAACCUAAACAACAUACAGUUUGACGACAACUUGAGGGGGGACUCACCGCUCGGUCUGCUGCGGGGCAUCAAGCACGGGACUGAGAGUUACCAUGUGCUGUUUAAAAGACUGUGCAGCUACGCCGGCCUCCACUGCGUAGUGAUCAAGGGCUACAGCAAAUCCGCGGGCUACCAGCCGGGCGUCCGGUUCGAAGACAACCGGUUCCGGAAUUCCUGGAACGCUGUGUUCGUGGCGGGCGCCUGGCGGUUCGUGCAGUGCAACUGGGGCGCCAGGCAUCUCGUCAAUGCGAAGGACGCGCCGAAGCCGGGCAAUAGGGGGAAGAGUGAUAGUUUGAGAUACGAGUACGAUGACCACUACUUCCUGACGGACCCGCGCGAGUUCAUCUACGAGUUCUACCCGCUCCAGUCCGACUGGCAGCUGCUCAAAACACCCAUAACACUCCACGACUUCGAAGAGUUGCCGUUCGUGCGCUCUCUGUUCUUCCGCUAUGGACUGUACUUUAGUGACCCCAACACUAAAGCUGUCAUGUACACAGACUCCACUGGUGCGGCGACUAUGCGCAUAGCCAUGCCGGCACACAUGCAGAGCUCGCUCAUCUUCCACUACAACCUCAAGUUCUACGACACCGAGGGCGACGGCUUCGACGGCGUCAGCCUCAAGAGAUUCGUCAUGCAGUCAGUGGUCGGCAACGUUGUAUCGUUCCGGGUGCACGCGCCGUGCUCAGGCGCCUUCCUGCUCGACAUAUUCGCGAACGCUGUCACACCGAGGGAGUAUCUCACCGGCGAGCCUAUGAAGUUCAAGAGCGUCUGCAAAUUCAAGAUCUGCUGUGCAGAGUUGCAGACAGUGAUGGUUCCUCUACCAGAUUGCGCCAGCGGCGAAUGGGGACCGACGAAAGCCACCAGGCUCUUCGGCCUUGUACCCAUCACCCACCAGGAGGCGCUAGUGUUCGCUGGCCGCGAGCUUGAACUCCAGUUCCGCAUGUCGCGCCCGCUCGCCGACUUCAUGGCCACACUCCACAAGAAUGGGGUCGACGAGAAGCGGCUCAGCAAGUACGUGCAGCAGAACGUGCAGGACGACGUGGUGUCCUUCUACAUCACGUUCCCGGAGGAAGGUCAAUACGGCUUAGACAUCUACACCCGCGAACGCGGCGGCCCCACCGCGAUACACCAGAACGGCUCCGUUGAAAAGGAGAAACACCUCCUCACGCACUGUUGCAAAUACCUCAUCAACAGCAGUAAGCGGAACUAGGCAAUAUCUACUUUAAAUCGAUGGAGCAAAGUCCUGUUUCGAAAA